CCGACUACGCGGUCGCAAUAUGCCUCAACUUCCCCCCCUCCCCCGCGGACUGCCUGGCUUGAGAUGAGUGGAAGAUGUCGGUUUCGGGUCUGAAGGCCGAAUUGAAGUUUUUGGAGUCAAUUUUUGACACAAACCACGAACGUUUCAGAAUUAUCGAUUGGAAGCCGGAUGAGCUUAGUUGUCAGUUUAAUGUAACCGGUGAAAAACUGUUGAUAAUACAUUGCAACAUCACGGAGUCAUACCCCUCCACACCUCCAAUCUGGUUCGUUGACUCUGAUGACCCAAGUCUGACAGAGGUGUUGGAGCGCCUGGAAGAUGUCAGAAAAGGCACCUCUUUGCUCCUGCAGCAGCUGAAGCGUCUCAUCUGUGACCUGUGUCGGCUGUACAACCUGCCCCAGCACCCAGAUGUUGAGAUGCUAGAUCAGCCCCUCCCUGCUGGGCCCAUCAACCCAGAGCGCAAGCACGGACCAGCGGAUGAAGUGACAUCCGAGGAGGAGGAGGAGGAAGAAAUGGGCGAGGACAUAGAAGACCUGGACCACUAUGAGAUGAAAGAGGAGGAGCCAGUAGAUGGGAAGAAGUCUGAGGACGAUGGCAUAGAGAAGGAGAACCUGGCCAUCCUAGAGAAGAUCCGUAAGAACCAGAGGCAGGACCACUUGAACGGUGCCGUCUCUGGUUCCGUUCAGGCCUCUGAUCGUCUCAUGAAGGAACUCAGGGAGAUCUACAGAUCACAGAGUUACAAGACAGGUAUUUAUUCAGUGGAGCUAGUCAAUGACAGCCUUUAUGAAUGGCACGUCAAAAUAAGGACGGUAGACCCAGAUAGUCCGUUACAUAGUGACUUGCAGGUUCUGAAGGAAAAGGAAGGGUUGGACUACAUUCUGCUCAGUUUCUCAUAUAAAGAUAACUUUCCUUUUGAUCCACCGUUCGUACGGGUAGUCUCCCCUGUGCUGUCUGGAGGGUACGUUCUUGGCGGAGGGGCCUUGUGUAUGGAACUUCUCACAAAACAGGGCUGGAGCAGUGCCUAUUCCAUAGAGUCUGUCAUCAUGCAGAUCAAUGCAACCCUAGUGAAAGGAAAAGCCAGAGUGCAGUUUGGAGCCAAUAAGAAUCAGUACAGUCUUGCCAGAGCACAACAGUCAUACAAAUCCCUGGUGCAGAUUCACGAAAAGAAUGGCUGGUAUACACCUCCUAAAGAAGAUGGGUAAAGAAGUAAUUUCUCAUACACACUGGGAACAUAAUGUCUUUGGGUCAAAAACAAUAUUUCUUUCUUUUUGAACUAUUUUCUCCCUUCUGACUUAUUGGGAGUCGUAUCAUCUUUCUUGUGGAAACCAACUGGCAAAUUCUUCCGUCUCGCCUGUCGUCGGCUCAGUAGACCAGUAUCUCCUCUCUGCCUGACCCAACAAUGGGCCAGCCUCUCUACUCCCCCCUCCAGCGUCGCUCCACUGCCCCCCUCAGCACUUCAUCUGAGGAGAACGUCUGUUAUAACUGAGGGGAUCGCGGUACUCCAUCUUUUAUACAUGCUCAUCAUAUUUUGACUUUUUUUACAUCUUCAAGGUUUUUGUGUUCCUUUUUUUUCUCUCUCAAUGUGGAGAACAGCCUUUUCUUCUUCCAUACAUACGCUGGUUUGACGACGUGGGCUCGACUCAUGAUAAUCCUGAUCAGUUCCUCCUCUCGAUGAGAUGACCUACCUACAGCUGACUAGAGCUGGUUUGUUCGUAUCCCCAACCACCACCACCUGUGUUUAGCGUGAAGCUGCAGGCUCUUACAGCCAGCCACAGCAUUGGCAGUGGGAUUUUAACUGAAAGCUCUCUGUGGUGACAGUUGGAUUUUAAAACGAAUAAGAAGAAGCUGUUUCAGUGAUGUCACCUCGGUCAUCUUUUAGUGAGGCUACUCCUUUUUAUCCCCUCACUGUGUGUAGUAUUUACUGGUACAAAAUGCAGAUGUUGUUAAAAAGAAAUAUUAUAUGCUUAAAUGUAUUGUUAUUCUGCUUGCUGGCUUUUUUUAAAUGUCCCAGGCAGUAACAUCAUGUGCCAGAUUGGUGACAAAAUGGUGGGUGACUAGGAUGCAGGAAGGGGUCUGAACUGAGGCUGAGGCUGUGUCCCAAAUAGCACCCUAUUCCCUACAUAGUGCACUACUUUUGACCAGAGCCCUGUGGGAAUGAAGAGGCAGGAUGUAGACAACACUCUCUUAGGAAAACAAAGCCAACUCUGGAUCGUUCAUGUUUCACGUAAAUGGAUGGUGAAAAUAGUGCCACUACGUUGGGAAUAAGGUGCCAUUUGGGAUGCAAUCCAUCUACCGCUCCAUACUAUUUCCUCGCUGUCCUGAAGGAAUGCGGCUGUUGAUCCUCGGUUACAGCAUCACGUCUGAAUAUAUCUUUGUAAUGAUUUAACUGAGCUGGCUCCACCAAGCACCUGUCAUGACCACUGUUGUAAUGUAUUUAAGGGGCUCAAAUAGAUGGCCUGGUUCCAGAUCGGUUUGUGACAUCUUCUGGGGUUGGUCUGUACCCAUAUGUUCAUACUGUCAUACCAUUUCUGUACCAUACCGGGGGUAUGCAGUAUUACCGAAUGUGCACAGAAGGGGCGCUAUUUCACGAAACAAAACAGAAAUAAUGUUAUUUUUUAUUUUUUAAUGCACAAACCAGUU